AUGGCCGCCGACGACGGCCAAGGAGAGGAGUGGAAGGCUUUCCUCAACCUGGAUGGAGCUAAUGAGGAUCCGGCGCCACCAGAGCAGCAGCCAGGGCCAGUCGAGAUGCAGGAUGAGGUUCCGGCGCCACCACAGCAGCAGCCAGAUCCGCCACACUUGGAGAUGGUGGAGCUGGUUAUGAAAGGAUUUCAGGACAUGGCCCUCCCACUGCCUGGAGGCAUAGCCAUGGGUUUGUCAGACCAGGAGAUGGAGCUGAUUAUCAAAGGAGUGCAGGACUUGAUCCCCCCACCGCCUGGAGGCAUAGCCAUGGGGCCAGUCGAGAUGCAGGAUGAGGUUCCGGCGCCACCACAGCAGCAGGCAGGGCCAGUCCAGAUGAUGGAGCAACUGAUGCAGGAUGAUCAAGAGGUUUUGGGUCAGGAUGAGCACGCGCUGAAGGCGUUCCAGGAUGUGCUGCUGCCCCUCGUGCUGCCUGAUGAGGAGGUGGCUGCUCCGGCUGUGGAAGACGGCGAGCUUCCUCUCGCGCCACUGCAGCCCCAACCCGUGCUGCAGGUUCUCCUUGAAGGCGAAGUCCCUGGCAUGAUCAACGAGCUCCUCGACCCGGUUGGCCCAGCGGCAGUCAUUGGACCAGAUCUGCCACCACAGCAGCCAGGGCCAAUCGAGCAGGCUAUGAUGCAGAAUGAGCAGGCGCUGAUGCAGCAUGAGCAGGUUUUGGUGCAUGGUGAGGUUCCGGCACCACCACAGCAACAGCCAGAUCUGUCAAACGAGGAGAUGAUGGAGCUAGUUAUGAAAGGAUUGCAGGAUGUGAAUCCCCCACCGCCUGGAGGCAUAGCCAUGGAUGAGCAGGUGCUGAAGGCGUUGCAUGAUGCACUGCUGAGGAAUGCAACACCCGCCAAGAGGCAGAAGAUGGACAUGCACGCCCCACCAUCUGGAGGUGGAGGCACCAUGGACAUAGGCGGAUCUGGCACUGGCCUCCUUUACAGCGUCCCUGUACCCAGUUUCAUGCCUUAUGCAAUGGUAGCUCCAGGACCACAUCUUUCCUCGAUCAUGCCCGGCGUCGACCUCAGCCUCCUGCCACCACCGUCAAAGGGUGUGACACUGAAAGAUGUGGUACGGCCCAAUGUCAACGAGAAAGGAGAACCCUUGAAGAUGUGCCCGGCCUGCGGCGACCGGCCCGGGCGGCCCAACAAGUGCUGA